GAGGUGUUUCCGGCCUGGCGGAGCGGAUGAUGCUGAGGAGAGAGCAUCCUCCGCUGCAGGUCUGCGCCCAGACAGGCCGGUUGUUUUGGCGGAUGUGAUGUUAGACAGAGGAGCGUUAUCGUUAUUAUUCAGAUGUGAUUUCGUUACCGUGAGUUCAGACCGCUCCCGGUGAUCUCACGUUUCAGACGGCCGGCGACACCCUGAGCUCGGCGAUGGUGGAUUUGUCCGAGAGUGGUGCAGUGUCCCCCGGACACAGCAGACACGGACAGGGCUCCGGUAACAACGGGAAGAAAACGUCGAAAAAGUCGAGAACGAGAAGAGGAAAACGGGGCAGGAGAAGAAGGAAUAAAAAGAACAACAGGAACAACAAAACACCACCUCCGUAUUUUCCACCGGAGGCUGAAGAAGGAAACAUUGAGUACAAGCUGAAGCUGGUUAACCCCACUCAGUAUCGCUUCGAGCAUCUGGCCACGCAGCUGAAGUGGCGUCUGCAGGAGGGCCGCGGCGAGGCCGUCUACCAGAUCGGAGUGGAAGACAACGGCCUGCUGGUCGGCCUGACCGAGGCCGACAUGAAGGCCUCGCUCAAGACCUUAAAGAGGAUGGCAGAGAAAGUCGGUGCCGACAUCACUCUCCUCCGAGAGAGGGAGGUGGACUACGACUCGGACAGAAACACCCGCAAAAUCGCAGAAGUCCUGGUUCGAAAAGUUCCCGAUGAUCAGCAGUUCCUGGACCUGCGGGUGGCGGUUCUGGGGAACGUGGACUCGGGGAAGUCGACCCUGCUGGGCGUCCUGACUCAGGGCGAGCUGGACAACGGCCGAGGCCGAGCGCGGCUCAACCUCUUCAGGCAUCUGCACGAGAUCCAGACCGGACGCACCUCCAGCAUCAGCUUCGAGAUCCUGGGCUUCAACAGCAAAGGAGAGGUUGUGAACUACAGCGAGUCUCGGACAGCUGAGGAGAUCUGCGAGAGCUCCUCCAAGAUGAUCACCUUCAUCGAUCUGGCCGGACACCACAAGUACCUGAAGACGACCAUCUUCGGCCUCACCAGCUACUGCCCCGACUUCGCCAUGCUGGUGGUGAGCGCCAACACCGGCAUCGCCGGUACGACCCGGGAGCACCUGGGCCUGGCCAUGGCGCUGAAAGUUCCCAUCUUCAUCGUGGUCAGUAAAGUGGACCUGUGCUCCCACGGCACCGUGGAGCGAACCGUCCGGCAGCUGGAGCGAGUCCUGAAGCAGCCGGGCUGCAACAAGGUGCCCAUGGUGGUGGCGAGCCCCGACGACGCCGUGACGGCCGCGCAGCAGUUCACUCAGUCCGCAUGCAUCACGCCUAUCUUCACCCUGUCCAGUGUGUCUGGAGAGAGUCUGGACCUCCUGAAGGUUUUCUUGAACAUCCUCCCUCCACUGAGCAACAGCAAGGAGCAGGAGGAGCUGAUGCAGCAGCUCACCGAGUUCCAGGUGGAUGAGAUCUACUCAGUUCCUGAUGUCGGGACGGUGGUGGGAGGAACUCUGUACAGACGAGUCCUCGGCAGUGAUGACACUGUGUGUUUCAGCGGAGUGUGCAGGGAGGGCGAGAGGCUGGUGGUCGGUCCGACUGACGAGGGCCGUUUCCUGCGUCUGAAGGUGGGCAGUAUCCAGAGGAACCGCUCGGCCUGCAGAGUGCUGCGGGCCGGACAGGCCGCCACGCUGGCUCUGGGGAACUUUGACCGCUCGCUGCUGCGCAAGGGCAUGGUGAUGGUCAGCCCCAAGAUGAACCCGACCAUCUGCUGUCAGUUCGAAGCCGCCAUCGUCCUUCUCUUCCACGCUAAGACCUUCCGCCGGGGGUCACAGGUCACCGUGCACGUCGGCAACGUCAGGCAGACGGCCACUGUGGAGUGCCUUCACGGGAAGGACGAGCUGCGUACAGGCGAGAGAGCCGUGGUUCGCUUCCGCUUCAUCAAACACCCCGAGUACCUGCGGCUGGGCGCCAAGCUGCUCUUCAGGGAGGGCGUCACCAAAGGCAUCGGCCACGUCACCCGCCUGCUGCCCCCCUCCCAGAACCACGACCAGAACCAGAACCACGACCAGAACCUGCAGGAGCAUUAAAGACCUCCUUCCCCCAUCGCAGCGGCGACAGAUGUUGAGCUCCGUGAGAACUUUGUCUGGACAGACGUCAUCGACGCACAUCUGAUCGGGUUUACUCUCCCGCCACAUGUCGGCGUAUUAAUCCGCCUGUCCAGGAUCUAUAGUUCUGUCCUCAUUCGCUCCCGCUGUGAUGUCAGAGAGUCCAUCAUCAUCAUCUUCCUCCCAGCAGACGUCCGCGUCUUCAGUUAAAGCCGGCUGACCUCAGCGGAUUUAAGCCCGGACGGUUAAUCUGAUGUCGUGCCACCGUUUGAAGAGGCUCCUUUUUCUCGGCGGUCGUGAGAAGACGGCGGGAUUAUUUUUGGGGGGAUUUGAGGAAUGGUUUUAAAGCGCUGCUUCAGACCGCUGCCCUCUCUGCUCCGCCCAAACAUCUCUGCACACUCAGACUGAACGGGACAUUUGAGGAGGGGGAUUAUUUACAGGAGGAGUUUCAGCAGUCUGAGGUGGAUUUCUUGAUAUUUUUGUCUGCUCAUCAAACAUUUAGGACCAUAAUGUUUUUUAUUUGCUUGUUUCAGCCCAUAAAUUUCAAGUCGUGAAAGUUUUAUAUCACUGCUGAGUUUCCACGGAGCGCGGUGAAGGUCAAGGGUCAUUUUUUUUGACAGUUUGUGUGGACAAACAAGACGUAUAAUAACGUAAGUUAUUGUAGGAGUAUGAAAUAUAGUUAAAGGUGUUUUUUUAUACAGCGGGUAAAGCUACAUCUAUUUUCAUUAUCAGUUAAUCUGUUAAAUAUUUUGGCUUAAUUAAUCAUUUGGUCGGCAAAAUUUCAGAAAAUAGUGAAAAAUGUCCAUCUCAGUUCCCCACAGUCCGAGGUGACGUCUUCAAACGUCCGAAACCCAAAGACCGUCUGUUCACAAUCAUAUGAAACAGAGAAAAGCAGCUAAUCCUCACACUGGAGAAACUGAAGCCAGAGAAUGAGGAGUUUUUGAUUGAUGAGUGAUUUAGGAUUUAUGAAGGUUUCUGUCAAUUAAUUUUCUGUUGAUCAACUAAUCGGCUAAUCGUUUCAGGACUAGUUUCAGGCUAACUGCAUGAUGUCUGAGAGAGAUGUGGAGAAACUUCUGACUUUGCCUGUUAAACACAGCGUUGAGCUGUCUGACGUCCCUUAAACAUGACAGAUUGUGUAACAUUAUGCUAGUUUGUGUGCUCAAACUUACCUGAAGGUAUGAAUUACUAAUUCGUGGAUUCGUUUCUGGAGUCGAAAUAAACCCCCAUUUUUAAUUCUCACGUAAGAGUUCAACUUUGGCGAAAUGUGACACGUGAGCGUGACGCCAACGACCAACAGCAAUCCGUCUCGACAGUUCAAGAAACGGAGAUCUAGAGUCCAGAAUGGAGGACGCUGUCAUAUUAGCUGUGUUACACCAUCCUGCUCUGCUGGACUAUAAACUGCUCCAAAACUAAAAGUCAGUGCAACAAAUACGUCUCUUCAGUAAACUGUGAUAACGUUUUGUCCCGAGAGCAACCGAGCUAGCUGGCUUGCUAACUGCCAGUUGGAAAGUGGGCUAUUGUGGCUAGCUAGCAUGUUAGCUUAUCCUCCAGCACUCUGCAUUUCACGAAGACACGUUGAUGAAUGUCGCUUCAUUUGAGAUCUCGCAUCACUAACGUGUGCGUGGGAUUUAUUCAUUGGAGAUAAAUUAAUAAUUUGUGCUCACAAGUUAAAAAGAAAAUGACUCUUGACUCCUCCGGGACUCCGUACACACCACCAGAGUUUAGACUGAUUUGACUGGACGGGAUUAUAUUGCUCUAGUUUUUUAUGCCGCAAUCUGAAAAAACACCAGCUCGUUCUGUGAUUCUUUGUUCUUUUGCACUUUAUUCACUGUUAAUCAUUCUGAUGAAUCCCUUCUGCCCGGUCAGCGUGGCUCUGGAUCACGUACAGAAACCAGUUGACAUUUGUUUUGUUUUUUUCCCCAAUUCAACCUGGCAUUGAUUAGCAGUCCAGCAAGAUGCCUGAUGUUGGUACAUUUUGUUUGUGGCUGCUCAGUCGGUCGAAUCAAAAUCAGCAACUUUGACACACAAUAAACCACAAUUUUGGAGGCUGAUGUAUUGAUGAAGUAUUGGAGGAAGCUGUUGGCUUCACUGGCUCUUUGCUUUUCAGAUAAAAGAUAAAUCAUUAUGUAAAUGUGUUUUGGACAAAACGCGUUGGUUUUCUCACUUAACAGCCGCACAGUUUGUUGAGAUUGACGUCGUCGGUUCAGCUUUUUAACUCGAGUUGCUUUUGAAAUGUUGACGCCUGUACAUUCAGUAUCUGCAGUUACAAACGACAUCAUCUUGGUUUCCAGUUUGUUCUGACUAUCCGUUCAUGUUUAACGAUGAUAUAAAAAGUUUGUAGGUUUGAUGUACCAGGCAGCUUUUUGCAGCUAAACAUAACCCGCAUGCUCUUUGACUGGCAGAAAAAAACCCUCUAAUCUUCUCAUUUAAACUAUGAAAUAUGUAUCCAGUGUUGAAACAGUUUCUAAUUUUAUUUUUUUGAGGUUCUGUGCAAUUGUAAACCUAAAUAUCGAAUGUACUUUCCAUGGAUCCUGUGUAGCAUUUCAAAUUGCUUACUGUUCAAAUGGAGUUGCCGUUGACUUUGCACUUUGUAUUCUGAUUCUGCAUGCGUGUUGAGAUCUGCAGCGUCGGAGCUCUGCUGAUUCUGCAGAACGACGCUGAGCUGAGAGGUCAAAGCGUGAGACCGUCUGACACAAACGCUACAGCUGAACAUUUAAACAUCGAAGAGUGGAUUUAUAAGUUUGUUUUUCCUGACCGUCCCUCUAGCUAAUAAAUAAACUGUUAAAGUGAAAAAUGAAA